AUGAUCUGGCGAUUCCUUCUCUUGGUCCUCCUUGGCCAGCUGGGCUUGGUAUCCGGACAGUCGAGUGCAUCGUCACCUGCCCAGCUCAUCGCGGCCUUGCCGAGUUGUGCUUCGUCCUGUUUCCUGAACUCGCUCCCUGUGACGCAGUGCGCCCUCACGAAUGCGACGUGUCUAUGUACAGACACCAACUAUUCAAACACAGUCGAGACGUGUAUCCUGGGCAGCUGUACCAUCAGGGAGGCUCUAUUCACCAAGAACCAGACCCAGUCUUCAUGCGGCAUUCCAGCCCGGGACAGAAGUCAUGAGUUAUACAUCUUGGCAGUCACGCUAGGCGUGAUAUCGGCCGCUGUGGUAUUGUUGAGGCUCGCUUUCAGACUACUUGUGUCCAGAAUGGGAAUGUACGCCGAUGACUGGGCCAUACUGCUGACGCUUUGCCUCGGAGUGCCGGGGACGAUUGUUCUGUGUGCACGCAGCGUGCCCAACGGCUCCGGCAAAGACGUGUGGACGGUGCCUUUCUUCCAAAUUGACGAAUUCGGCAAAUGGUUCUUGUUCAUGGCAGUCCAGUACUUCUUGGAUCUUGCGGCGCUCAAACUGAGCCUGCUGCUCUUCUACCUGCGCAUCUUCACCUCCCAGUCAAUGAAACGCCUCCUCUGGGCCACCGUGGUCUUCGACGUUAUAUACGGAAUCGUCUUUGGCCUCGUGGCCUUGUUACAAUGUCGGCCUAUUCGCUACUUCUGGGAGAAGUGGGAUGGUCAACACCAAGGUACCUGCAUUAACGUUAACGCCGUGGGUUGGGCGAAUGCUGGUAUCAGCAUUGCAUUGGAUUUCUGGAUGUUGGCACUACCGCUGUCGCAACUGCAAGGACUGCAACUCCAUUGGAAGAAGAAGAUUGGAGUUGCCUUGAUGUUCUUCGUCGGCACAUUUGUAACCAUCGUCAGCAUCCUGCGCUUGCACGCCCUGGUUACUUUCGCGACGUCUGACAACCCGACGUUCGAAAACUUCGACAUAAUGCUUUGGUCCACCACGGAGAUGAACGUAGGCAUCAUCUGUGCCUGCAUGCCAGCGAUGCGGCAGAUUCUGGCCCGGAUAUGGCCGACAGUGUUCGGUGGAGAGCAAUCAAGACAGAGAUACUACCGCUAUGGUAAUGGGAAGGACGCCGGCCACGUCCCGACGAUCGGAUCAAAAGAGGUCGUGCCCAACAUCGAAAAGGGGAGGACUGAAUGGUGGCAAGGCCUGAGUCUCAGCAGGGCCAGCAUGUUCGUGUCCCAGCGGAUGAACCCCAACGUGGCGAAGGCUUUCCGAGAAAGCUCACCUAUCCAGGAGUUCCCCGCCAAGGGCAUCCAAGUCGAAGACGACUCGCCCACUUCUGUGCAGAUGCAGAACUUGAAGCCGUAUGCACCACCACGACCUGCGAGGAACGAGAUAAAAAGCAGCUUCGUCGUUUAG